AUGAAAGUUAAGGUUGAAAACCUUGCUCAAGAUAUCACAGCAGACAUGCUCAAAAAUGAAUUCCGAAGAAUUGGAGUUCGUAGUGUCGAGCUUCACAACCAAGACGAAAAUCAUUGGGCAUUUUUAGAUUUUCUUGAUAUCGUUCAAGUACAAAGAGCAAUUAAAGAAUUUGACGGAAAAGAAUUAGGAGGCAAAAAAAUCCACUUAUCGAAGCAUGAUGAAGUGAUCGUGCUCAAUUCUAAUAGAGCAGCAAGGCGCUCAAGAUCUAGAUCUCCACCAUCUGGACAAGUGAUAAAGUUACCGUCAUCAAAAUCUCAAGCAGGCUCAGGAGUCGCUGUUUUGCCUUUUGGAAAACCUAUAAAUAAGCCAGCACCAGUUCAUGAAGAAAUUAAAACUGAGUCAAAUGGAAAAAGCCAUUCACCUGCAAAAGAGCCUCAAAAAUUAAAUACAGAAGAAGUAAAGGUCGAGCCAAAGACGGUAGUAGUUCAAAAGCCGACAGAUACUCCAAAAGUGGAAGAAAAGAAAACAGUUCAAAAGGAAGAGCCAAAAAUUGUGGAAGAAAAGAAGAAAGUUGAUGAAGAAAUAAAACAUGAUAAUGAAGAUGAUGUAAUGGUAGUUGCUGAUGAUGGAAGCAAGCUAUUAUAAUCUCUACCUAUGAAUUGUCUAUUUAUUAGUAAUUAAAAAUAAUAUUAUAAUAUAAGAUAUUUUGAGCAAAUUUUUUAGAAAUGAUAUAAAAACUGACGAUCCUGCAAAACUUCACUGUAUUUCUUGCGACAAAACAAUAGCGAAAAAAUCAUUAAAAAAUCACAUAGGCACAAAAGCUCAUAAGGAAAGCAUAAAAUAA